GUUUUUUUUGUUAUUUAAAUCCCUGUUAUUUAAAUGUGGUAUUGUUAUCCGUGACUUUUGUUUUUAUCACGUCUAUAAAUAUUAAUAAUCCCUUUGAAAAAGUAGGCUUUGAUAAUGGAAGGGUGGGGGUGAGUUCACCUCGUUGUUUUAGUAUCAAGUAGGCGCACGUCCUUCCUGCAAUUGUCCGUCGUCGACGACAAUUGACGGUCGCGCAUGUCACUGCGAUCUGUAGUAGUUGUAAACAUAAACUUCAAAAUGGCGGUUCGUGUUAUCAGUGAUAAACGAUUUUAGUGCCUCAUGCAGCAUGCUGCUGGACUGCAAUAUGGGCAAGGAGCUGUCAAUUCCCACCAAUCACCGACUUUUGCUGACAUUACGCAAACAGGUGGGAAUACGACCAGCUCGCUGCGCCAAUUUCGUAAAAAGGAGGGCCCUGAGAAAAAUACGAAUACGGACCUGAACGACACCAGUCAUAUUGCACGGGUGCCCCCACAUAACCACUACCCCGCGAGGCCUAAUGACUAUUACAGGUACCCCCAGCAAUAUCCGGAUUAUACAACGGCCCCUUAUAAGGAGAGUCCGGCCCAGGUAAAGUAUUCGGAAAUCGCCGAAACGCCCCUCCAAAAUGUAGACCACCUAUCAAAACACAAAGACCUGAUGGAUAUGUGCAAUUUGCAACAAAUGCCCGCCUCCCGGCAACAAAACUACGCCUCUAACCCCGCCCUCCAGUACCACCCCGAAUCUCAAUACCAGCAAUACAAGUACGCGCAAUGUCGCAAAUAUCCGCCACAAGAAAACGAUUUCCUGGCGAAAUUGCAACGAAUCAACCCGACGAUGGCGCGCUCGAUCAUGAGCGACCACCACAUCCGCGAAUCACAAACCACGUACCCCCACCACUACCAAAACCAGCGCUAUUACCCCGCCCAUAACCCCGCCUACAACUACCAGUACAACUACCCGUCGUGCAACUAUCGCGCCAAUCAAAUGCCAGUAGGCGGGGCCCAAUAUAACGACCGCAGCCUAUCACCGCGCAACCUUAUGAUGAACUACUCCAAUUCGCAAAAAAUUUCGCCCAAUUACCAACAGUACAACCCACCGGAAUACGCCCAGCACUAUCAACACAGACGUGUCGGCACCACCCUUCCCCAGGACUACUACCAACAAUGUCGCUCCGCCCCCUACAACAUGCCCAACCACCAGGAGACCAAUGAGAAUCGAUCAGGGAGUGGCGGUUUGCGGCACUUUAUCGAAAACUGGGCCGAGGAGGAGGCGCCAAGCGAAAUCACGCCCAUUUUUAAGGAAAACGUCCGGUUGCAUGGCAACGAUACAAACAACGAGCAAGUUUUUGUUAUCAACUCUUCCGACUUUCCGCCAUGUUUGGAGAACGUGUCAUUGGUACCAACCGAAAACGGACAAUAUAUUAUCAAAACUGGCGCUCUUGAUAAUUCAAUUGUGCGAAUUAAAGAAACGGAAAACAAUGGCGAACGAACUGUCAAUCUUCAAAUUGUUGAGAAGAAUGAAGAAAGUGGGGAAAAAACAACGGCCGAAACAACAGUGCCUUAUCAAGAAAAUCAAACAAAAGACUGUGAUCAAACGGACCAAGGUGAAGGCGACAAGGCGAAGACGAGUGAGGCAAAAGAUGAAGAAAGCAUAGAAACUAGUGUUAUAGUAGCGAAUGAAGCUUCAAUAAUCAAAGAUAUGCCGCUAAUUGAUGAAGAAACACCAACUGAAGAAAGCAACAAUUUACUUGAAGAAAAUCACGUGACUACGACCACCAAACGUACACAGAGAAUCUUCUCCGUUGAUGACAUCAUCGGUACUUCCCCCACGCAAACUCGGAGGAAUAGUCUUCAAUUUCCGCCGAAAGGUGGCGAUGAAGAUUGUGUCGAAAAAGAAGAUCAAGAUGAAGAAGAAGAUGAAGAAGUGGAGUUACGAGACGCCAUUUCCGUUGAAGAUAACAGCGUUAUUCUGGAAAUAGGUGGCGCUCUUGUGCAACUGAACAUCAAUCAAGUCAACGGAACGAAGAUUUUGAGUGUUUUAGCUUUGUCUGAAUCGCUGGUUAUUGAUGUUAAUGGUAAUUAUCAAGAAGGCGUCGAAGAAGAAAUUGAAGAUCUUCAGUGCCAGAACGAGGUGGUCAUUGGUGAAGAAAAUGAAGAAAAUGAGGUGACACUUGAAGAAAACUUGAAGAAAUCUGACACGAAAUCGUUACGUGAAGAAGAAGAUUUGAAGAAAACUGACGAAGAAACCAAGCCAAUUGAAGAGGAAUUGAAGAAAAGGAAACAAACUGACAAGGAAGAAAUUUUGAAAAAAUGUGAUGAAGAAGAAAUAAAGAUUUCGGAAUCAGUUGAUGAAACGAAGAAAACCGAGGCUGAAUCAGUUGAAAGAUUGAAAAAAUGUGAUGAAGAAGAAUUAAGGAAAGCGGAAUCAAUUGACGAAAGAAAGAAAAUUGAGGUUGAAAAAUUGAAGAAACGUGAUGAAGAAUUAAAGAAAGCGGAAUUAAUUGACGAAAAAAAGAAAACCGAGGUCGAUAAAUCGAAGAAACGUGAUGAAGAAGAAUUGAAGAAAGCAGAAUCAAUUGACGAAAAGAAGAAAAUCGAGGCUGAAAAAUUGAAGAAACGUGACCGGAAAUUAUGUGAAGUGGAACAAGAAGUGAAGAAAGGGGAAACAGUUGACGAAAACGAGAAAAUCAAGCUUGAAACAGUUGAAAAAUCAAAAAAACGUGAGAAAAAAUUAAAAUGUGAAGAAGAAGAAUUAUUGAAAAAAACUGAACCAAUGAAGGAUGAAACGUGCGAAAAAUUGAAGAAACGUGAAAAGAAAUUGACUGAAGAAAACGAUGAGAAAUUGAAGAAACGUGAGGACGAAAGUCACGAAAAAAAGAAACGCGAUGAUGAAAUUAAACAAAAGAAGAAGCGUGAUAAUCACGAACGAAAGAAACGCGAGAAGAAAUUAUCAAGUGAAGAAAGUGAAGAAAAAAUGAAGAAAGUCGCGGGUGAGGAAGAAGUUAAAAAGAAACGUGAGCGCUCACUUAGUGAAGAAAUGAAGAAACCAAAUGUUGAGACGAAUGAAGAUGAAGAAAUUGUGUUGAAGAAACACGGGAAAAAAGCAAUUAUCGAAAGUGAUGAUUCGGAAAAUGAAGAAAGCGGGACAAAGCUAAAUGAAACGAAAGACAAAAAAAUUGACGAUUUAAUUCGGGAAGAAAUUUUUGAAGAAUGCGCAAGACUGACUGAAGAAAUCUCGAAAAAAAGUGAAGAAGUUAAAGAAGUGGAAAAACCGGUGACGAAAGCGGCCAAAAAACUCUACGUCACCGAUUCUUCACUGAAGAAACCCAAGUUAUCAAAACUGGAAGAAACCGUCAACAAAAUCAAGUCACUCAAAGAGAAGACGGCAAACAAAGAAGAGAAGAAACCGUCGAAAAAAGUCACUUUCAACCUCGAUAAUGAAGAAAUGGACCGGAAAAAACUCAGCUGGGAAGAAUACAAUAACCGCAAACGUAAAGCACCAACCAACGAACCGAAGAACAAAAUAAUGGAAAAUACCGUGACGUCAUCCGAUGACAUAAACGACGAAACUGUCAAAAAAGUCGUCGAAUCAAUCGAGAAUGCCAUGAAACCGAAAUCACCACCGAAAAAUAACAAUUGGGAGGAAGACACUCCCUCUCCCCCCACCCCCACCAUUACAACAACCAAUCGCAAACUAGUAAUAGACGUCAACGAAUUCAACAUUAAACCAAUCGAAAACGUGUCCACGCCCUCGCCCGUUAGCUCCUCCCAGUUCUCGUACCAUUCGGAAGAAGACAGUUUACAGGUGUACAAGGACGUGGUCGACUCAAAACUAAAUUCCCUAAACAUCAAAAUCCCCAAACUUUCCAAACCAAAACCGAUGGACAAAUUCACGGUUUUGGAGCGUUUUCUGAACAAGGCCAGCUUGAAUUUGAGCGAACUGGAGGAAGUGAAGAAAUUUAUCGAAUUGAAGAGGAAGAUCAUCGAGGAGAAGGUGGUGAAGAAGGUGAGGAAGAAGAAACGGUUUCGGAAUUUGUACGCCGAGGACAGUUCGGACGAUUCCGACUCGAGUCGGAGCGAGGAGGGAGUGGGGGAUUACUCGGUUUACCAGCGGGAUUCCCAGGGGGUUCCCAAGUUGAUUUUCAAGCGCAAGUCAGGCUUGCCACAACCUUUCGUCAAACUCGAGCGGUCCCAAGCGGUGGAAAUGAUGGCGAAAAAGCGCAAGUUGUAUUAAAAUUAAGGGACCAAAGGUGACUGUUCCUAUGAUAUUAGCUUUUGCACGCGUGCAAUUGUUCAUGUUUGUGGAGGUUUAACGAUGUUGAGACACAAUUCGAUGUUAUCAGCUCAUUCACAGUAUUAAAGUUGCCUUUUGGAUUUUUGAGACAGAGAUGUACUAUAUAUAUUUUUACUGUUGGAACAUUUGAGAAAAAUAUAUUGCAAAAGAAGAGUUAAACAUUCCGUAUUUAUGUUGUACAUAUUAUACACAAUUGUUUGAGGGCAUUUCAUGUUUGUUUAUUGUUUGUUUAUACAUAUUUAUGUAGUUACCCGAUUGUGCACUGAUUAGGAAUUGUAUGCGAAAUCACCAAAGUCAAUUUUUCUAAAUGUAGAUUUUUUAUGUGAGUGCCUUAGCACCUGAUUGUUGAUUUUGCCACAGCCGUGGACUAUUUCAGCACUUAUGUUAAUAAAAUGUUACAAAACCGGA